AUCUAUACAACCACGGUGAUGUGCAUUUAGCUGAAUUUCGCUGCUUUUUGGAUUUUUCACAAUCGAAGAGUUCACUGACCUGGGGUUCAAAGGUCACGAAGAUGGCGGGAGGAACAAUGUUAGGUGUAUGUCUUCCGGUGUUUUUGUGCUGUUGUGUCCUUGUCGUGCAAGGAACCACCGCGCCACGACCCAACAUAGUCUUCAUACUGACCGACGACCAAGAUGUCGUACUUGAAGGAAUGUUUGUGAGCAGUCCGCUGUGUUGUCCCAGUCGCUCCAGUAUCCUGACUGGUAAGUACGUGCACAACCACUGGGCCGUUAACAACUCCGUAGAUGGGGACUGUUCCAGUAAGGCAUGGCAGGAUGGACCAGAGAAAAGCACCUUCGCCACACAGGUGAAGACAGCUGGAUACAGGACCUUCUUUGCUGGGAAAUAUCUCAAUCAGUAUGGGUUCCCAUCCACAGGAGGUCCUGCACACAUCCCCCCAGGCUGGGACUGGUGGAUUGGACUGAUAGGGAACUCCCGUUACUAUGACUACUCCCUGUCUGUCAACGGCACCAAGCAGAAACAUGGGAAACAAUACAGCAAGGAUUACCUGACUGAUGUCAUAAAAAAUCAGUCUCUGCAUUUCCUGGAUACAGUUGGAGCGACACCGGACCCUUUCUUCAUGAUGCUGUCCACUCCUGCUGCACACUCUCCCUUUGACUCUGCUCCACAGUAUGAACAAGACUUUGUGGACUGGAAGGCACCACGUGGAGGAAGCUAUAACGUCCAUGGAAAGGACAAGCAUUGGUUAUUGAGGUUUGCACCAAGUCCUAUGAAGGAGACAUCUGUACAAUGGGCAGACAACAUCUUUAGAAAAAGAAUGAGGACCCUCUUGUCAGUAGAGGACCUGGUCCAGGCAGUGAUGUCAAAACUAGAGGACAAAGAUCUUCUUAGCAACACCUAUGUCAUCUUCUCUUCAGACAAUGGAUACCACUAUGGUCAGUUCUCCCUACCAGAAGACAAGCGUCAGUUGUAUGAGUUUGACAUCAGAGUGCCCCUCAUGGUCAGGGGACCUGGCAUCAAGUCUGGACAAACUAUCACCGCUCCAGUGAUGAACAUUGACUUGAUGCCAACUAUAAUCGAGAUGGCCCGAGGUAAAACACCGCUGGACGUAGAUGGAAGAUCCCUCAUGCCUCUUCUGCUGAGCACACAGGUAGAGACAGGUGCCCCUAGCUGGAGGUUGGACCUGUUAGUAGAACACCAGGGAGAGUGGGCUCUCCAUGCCUGGCCCAAGUACAACUGUCCUCACUGGUGGACCCUAGUUACUGGUUGUGUGCCUGACUGUGUGUGUGAGGAUUCCUACAACAACACCUACAGCUGUGUCAGGACACUGAGCAGCAGGGCAGACCUCAUGUACUGUGAGUUCCAGGAUAAUGAGAAUUUCAAGGAGUUUUACAACCUAGAGAAAGACCCUCACCAACUUAACAAUGCAAUCAACACGACUGAUCCGAACGUUGUGAAGUUCAUGAGUAAGAGACUGAAGGAGCUGGUGACAUGUUCCGGGAAAACCUGCAAUAGAAGUGAGCAGAUACUGGUGACAUGAGCUUAAGCGAUAUACAAGAUGUGUAAGUUUGGUCACUUUAACGUAGUUAUGUUAUGUUAUGUUAUGUUAUGUUAUGUUAUGUUAUGUUAUGUUAUGUUAUGUUAUGUUAUGUUAUGUUAUGUUAUGUUAUGUUAUGUUAUGUUAUGUUAUGUUAUGUUAUGUUAUGUUAUGUUAUGUUAUGUUAUUGUCAAAACCAUGCUGGAUACAUGAACAAACGUGUUUUGUUUAUAUCCAAGGGGUCAUCUUCUUGAAAUGACACAUAAUAUGUAUUUUGUGUAUUAUUAUGCUUCAUGUGCAAUACAAGGGAUAUUUUGUUCUGACUUGCUAUAAUUACAGCAGCUGCUACUUAAGCCAAAGGCUGAUAGAAGGCUUUUUUAUAAUGAUAACUUUACCAAAAUAUGAAUGAACUAUAUUGUUCAACAGUUGUCAAAGGUACAAGGUACUUGAUGAGUAUACAUUGAAUACAGCAUUAUCAGGUUUGCAAUUUCCAUGGCAUGCAAAUUGUAUGUGGAACUAUGCAAUUGUACACCAUCUGUGCCUCUUUAAUAAUAUUGCAGAGAAUAUACAGUAGU